CUACAGUCCCAUACAGGAAGCUGGACUGCUAAUCAGCUAGCUGUCAACAAAGGGCAAAACUGUUCCAAAUCAGCAAAUCGAUGUGGAAGUCGGCGGUAUUGCCGACUCUGAGCUCCUUCUCCUGAAUUGCACUUCAUUGCACCGCCAGCUGAAUCCUGAACAUGGCAACAACUGCUCAGCUGUUCGAGGAGCCCUUUGAUGCAGAUGAGUACAUUGAAAGGCUGGCAUGGAGGACUCCUGGAGGAGGCUCCAAAGGAGGAGCUGAGGCUUUUGACCCCAAAAGGCUGUUGGAGGAGUUUGAGAACCACAUUGAGGAGCUGAAGCAACUGGAUGAGAAGAUCCAGCGACGGGUGGAAAAGCUUGAGCAUCAGUGUCAUCGUGAGGCCAAGGAGUUUGCCCACAAAGUGCAAGACUUGCAGAAAAGCAACCAGGUGGCCUUUCAGCAUUUCCAGGAGCUCGAUGAGCAUAUCAGCUAUGUGGCCACCAAGGUUUGUCACCUUGGUGACCAGCUGGAGGGGGUGAACACACCCCGGCAGAGGGCUGUGGAGGCUCAGCGUCUGAUGACCUACUUCAACGAGUUCUUGGAUGGAGACCUACGCAGUGAUGUCUUCAAUAACCCAGACAAGAUUAAGGAGGCUGCUGAUAUCAUUCAGAAGCUGCAUCUCAUUGCCCAGGAGCUGCCAUUCGACAGAUUUGCAGAUGUCAAGGCAAAAAUUGCUAGUAAGUACCAUGACCUGGAGAGGCAGUUAAUCCAGGAGUUCACUGCUGCCCAGCGCAGGGGUGAGAUUGGACGUAUGCGGGAGGUUGCAGCGGUGCUGUUACAUUUCAAGGGCUACGCACAUUGUGUGGACGUCUAUAUCAAGCAGUGUCAGGAAGGGGCCUACCUGAGGAAUGAUGUGUUUGAGGACACUGCAGUCCUCUGCCAGAGGGUCAACAAGCAGGUGGGCGAGGUCUUCAGCAGCCCAGAGACUGUCAUGGCCAAGCUCAUCCAGAAUAUAUUUGAGAACAAAUUACAGGCCCACGUUAAGGAAAAACUGGACGGGACUCGACACUCUGAUGUAGAGCAGUACCUCAAGAACCUCUAUGACCUUUACACUAGGACCACAGCGCUGGCCACUAAGCUAACAGAGUUCAACCUGGGCUCAGACAAGCACACUUUCCUCUCCAAGCUGAUAAAGAGCAUCUUCUCCUCCUACCUGGAAAGUUACAUUGACAUGGAGAGGGAAUACCUUCGCACUCGAGGUGCCAUGAUUCUGCAGCGAUACUAUGACUCCAAGAACCACCAGAAACGCCCAAUCGGCACUGGCAGUAUUCAAGAGCUGAAGGAGCGUAUCAGACAGCGCACCAACCUUCCCCUGGGCCCUAGCAUUGACACUCAUGGGGAGACCUUUCUGUCCCCAGAGCUGGUUGUCAACCUGCUGCAGGAGACACGCCAUGCCUUUGAGAGAUGCCACAGGCUUUCAGAUCCCUCUGACCUGCCCAAAAACGCCUUCUCAAUUUUCCUGCUGCUGGUUGACCAUCUGUGUGUGGAACACAUUGACUACGCCCUGGAGAUUGGCCUCUCAGCAAUUCCCUCAGCAGAUGCCAAGAAUGCCAACCUGUACUUCCUGGACGUGGUUCAACAGGCAAACUCUAUCUUCCACUUGUUUGACAAACAGUUUAAUGACCAGCUAAUGCCUCUAAUAAGCUCAUCUCCAAAGUUGGCAGAGUGCCUGCACAAGAAGAAAGAGGUGAUAGAACAGAUGGAAGUGAAACUGGACACAGGAAUUGACAGAACACUAAACUGCAUGGUGGGGCAAAUGAAGCACAUCUUGGCAACAGAGCAGAAGAAGACUGACUUCAGGCCCGAGGACGAAAACAACGUCAUGAUCCAGUACACUACAGCCUGCUCCAAGGUAUGCGCCUACGUCAGUCGGCAGGUGGAGCAUGUGCGGAAGUCCAUGGAUGGGAAAAAUGUGGACACAGUGCUGACGGAGUUGGGUGUGCGUUUCCACCGGCUCAUCCACGAGCACCUACAGCAGUACAGCUACAGCUCGAUGGGAGGCAUGCUGGCCAUCUGCGACGUGGCUGAAUACCGACGAUGCGCCAAGGACUUCAGGGUCCCUCUGGUGCUGCAGCUUUUCGACACACUCCACGCCCUCUGCAACCUCCUGGUGGUCGCCCCUGACAACCUGAAGCAGGUCUGUUCGGGUGAGCAGCUCACCAAUCUGGACCGGAACCUCCUGCACGCUUUCGUCCAGCUCAGAGUGGACUACCGUUCAGCCAGACUGGGUCGACACUUCAGUUAAUGACUCGUCGAACACUUCGCUGCCCUCCGUCCAGUAACCCAUGCUUUGAUGAGAUAAUGCACCUUGAAGAUUCCCAUCCCUGUUUCAGAGAAUGCAUCGGUCUGGCCCCAGCAUAUAGACUUUUCUGGGAUUGCUUUGUACAUCAUGGAGACAAAGGCCACUGCUCCUUGAAUGUGGGAAAUGUUCAUUUUACCAAUUUACUUCUCCGAGCUCAAGAAAUUUAAAUAUCUAUUGAAUUAAUUUGUUUUUAAAUACUAUAAUCCAUCACCAAUCUACAUGGCUAAGAUUUCUGACUUACCAUAAGUAAACGGACAACAUUGAAUUCUGUGAUUAUAUAAAGAAACUUUUUUUGAUUGUGCCAAAUAUAUUAAAUUCUGUGGCUGCACAAAAAUAGACCCUAACGCUGCUGUAAAGGGAGACUGUCAACAAUCAAGCUGUAAAGACAAAUAUCAGGCCUGUAGAAGGAGUGUCGAUUGGGAACAGCUUCCCUUUGUAAUGAAUGGAGGACAACAGCCAGACCAAGCAUGAGAUAGAGCUCUGUCUGGCUAAGAGAGACACAUGACCACCUCUCUAACCUUUGGGCCCUGACCGCAAAAGUAAAGGUCAAGAGGCCAUCACAGAGAACUGUGAUCUGAACUAUAAACAGGUCAGAGACUCUCUCUGGAGAUUUGGGUGGUCCCUUCUUAGGCUCAGAUGACUGGUGUGAUGGGUCACUGAGUAUGUGUCACUGUAAUUGCACAGAUCAACACUAGCCCAUCCAGCAAUGCACACAGUCCAAAGGCAUUGUUGACUGGAUCUGCAGUGUUUCGGGGUCAGGAGACAUUGAAAUGUUGACCUCUGCUGAUUAAGGGAAAAAAAAAAAGAGAGUUCUUCACACAGGGCUUAUUGGUGGUUUGCAGUCACUGUCUUCUGCACUAAGAAAGAAGACAGAUCAUGUCCUUGAUGCCUGAAACUGUCUCCUACGCAAAGCUGCUCCCUCUGUACUGCUGUUUACUUUAAUUAGUGACUCAUUAAAAAGAUGUUGCAUUUUA